AAGCAUAUUCGCCAGGCCUGCUCUAACUGCCGGCGACGGAAAACCAAGUGCACAGGGGAGCGGCCAGUCUGUUUUCAAUGUCGUCGCAAUAAGCAUACCUGUGUCUAUGAGCCGUAUUCCGGUUCCUAUGAUAACCUGCAUCCGCCAAGCGCCACCGCAGGCACGCCCACCUCCGAGAAUGUUCAAUUAUCGCAACGAAUAUCCAUACUCGAACAACGCCUAGCCGAGCUGAGCGAGCAGACCAUCUUGCAGCCCGGGGCUAACUCGGUAAUAACAUCAAGGCCAUUGGGAGACCACGCACAGUCGCAACGGCCAAUCGACCUGUCGCAACCUCCUGCCACCGCCGCCGCUGCCGCCGCCGGGGAGCGCCCCUAUUGCAUGCCGCCUCAAUCCGUUCUGGACUCCACCGUCGAUGCAUACUUCAUUCAUGUUCAUAAUCAGCCAUACAGUAAUGUCCAAGAAGCGAGCUUUCGCCGGACACUGGAGGAUCGAUCCUUGCCUAACUGUCUGAUCUUGGCUUUACUGGCCGCCGCUGUUCGUUUCUCUACACAUGAUUUCUACAGGAGCAGGCAGCGAGAGAUGUCCGAGGUCUAUACACGGGAAGCAUGGCUUUCUGUGUUGAUGAAUCACUUGAACGAGGAUAGUAUAGAUAUUAAAACGGUACAAACAAUCAAUAUACUCGCUGUGAUUGACUUUACAGCCGGAAGAACUAACUCAGGCUGGCUCAAAACCGGGCUAGCUGCUCGCAUAUCCCAAGGCCUUGGUUUGAUGGUAGAGCCCGAGGAAUGGAGAUUGCCGGCUGAACAGGAGGAGCGCCGGCGAGUGUUCUGGUCGGUAUACUUACUCGAUAAAUUGAUCUCCUGUGGCCGCGCUCGUCCGCUCAUCAUUCUCGACCAGGACUGUCAUAUACAGCUUCCGUGCGACGAGAGAAGCUUUCGCCACGGACAGACAAAGAAGACUUGUAAUUUAAACCAGCUGCUUAGUUGGAAUACCACGUUGCAGGAUACGCCUAGCUCCCUUGCGCUGGUGAUUCUCCUCGCAUCGAUCCUCGGACGUUGCACACGCUAUGUGUACGGCGUUCGGCACAGCGACGAGAUACCACCCUGGGACACAAAAUCGGAAUAUGCAGCCGUGUGCUCCCUCUUACUCUUAUUCGAACACUAUGCCGAGCUGAGUCCAGUUCAAGUGACGGACCUGGCUUCUGGACGAGACGGGAUCAUGGGAGAUCCCUAUAAGUAUCAGGAGCUUGGUCAUCUCAUUUUCGCACAUACCCUCUUCCAUCUCUGCCAUUGCUUGUUGAACCAUCCUUUUAUCCUCUGCCAGUCCCUUCGACCCUUAAAAUCCAAAGUACCCGGCAGCUUUGCAGCCCAGGGGAUGAAAGCGGGCAUAGGUCAUGCCGUACGUCUCAUAAAUCUACUGCAGGAUGUGCUUAAUGCGGGAGGACCUGUCCAAUCCUCAUUCUAUGCAUAUUGCUUGGUAGUUGCGGGCGGAAUCUUAUCAAUUGCAUCCCACGAGACGACCCAGAGUCCCAAACCUCAGUCUUCUGAGAUGUUGGAAUGUUUUCAAAGUGGGCUGCACAUGAUUGAUGGACUGGCCAGCCUGUGGCCGCACGCCAGUCAUAUGGUAUGUCUAUCACUUCGGAGCGAGGCCUUUUGGCUACGCCACAAGCUACUGCACCCAGUCACUGAUCAUACCACGAUGACACAGUCUCUCCGUUUACGGAACUUGCACGAGCAGCGGCACAAUCUCGACAGCCUGCUGGAUACGACGGGCAGGACGCAAGACAUCGAUCCGCUCUGCGAAGCGACUUUCUGGUCUAUUUUGGAUUAUUCCAUCGUGAGCAGCGACCCGAAAAAAGACGUGGAUGCCUCUGGCUCGGAGCUGCCCAGCAUGCCAUCGCCAAUGUCGUGGGCAUUAGGAUUUGAUAUGUUCGCCGCCGUCGCCUCCUCCCGGAUUCAGACCCCACAUGAAGACUUUUCCUCCGGGGCUUUCACCUGGCACGGAUCGGAUCAAUCACAAUGA